UUUUUAUGGUUUUAAUUUUGUUUUUUCAUUUAUUCUGUCUUUACUCCAUUUUUCGUCUUCAAACGAAACCAUAAAAACCACCAUUUCCGGCCGUUUCUUAAGCUUUCAAAGCUUUAUAUAUCUCACCUUCUUUUGUACAAACCCUAAUACUUACUUCUUCUUGAACCUCUCUCUGUCACUUCCUGAAGCCUUUUGUUUAGUAAUAUUUACAGGAAAUGGAGAUCGCUGUAGCUUGGUAGGAGAAGUUCUGUGAUCGGUGUUCUUCUGCAACUGUGAAGAAUAACACUGUGAAGCUAUCCAAGAUCAGUAGAUAUUAUUAUAAAUUAGCUUUUCUAUUCGCUUGACUAUAUAAAGAGACCAGCAAGUGUUCUUGGUGGUCAUGGUUUCCAGAUCCUGCGUAAACAUUUUGGACUUGGCUUCUGGUGAUUUUUUGGAUUUUCCUCCGACUCCUAAAUCGCUCCCAAGAGUGAUGACUGUUCCUGGUGUUAUAUCCGACUUAGAUGGUGGUGAAAGUUACGAUGGAGAUUCAGAUGCUCCUUCAAGUAUUUACCGGGAGCGUAAAAUUAUCGUUGCAAAUCUACUACCCCUGCAUGCUCAAAGAGAUAAAGAGAAAAUUGGCGGAUGGUCCUUUAGUAUGGAUGAAGAUUCACUUCUCUUGCAAAUGAAGGAUGGUUUCUCGUCCGAAACUGAGGUUAUUUAUGUUGGUUGUCUGAAGGUUGAUAUAGAUCCAAGUGAACAAGAAGAAGUUGCUCAGAAACUUCUGGAGGAUUUUGGGUGUGUCCCAACAUUUCUCCCCCCUGACCUACAGAAAAAAUUCUAUCAUAAAUUCUGUAAGCAACAGUUGUGGCCCCUUUUUCAUUACAUGCUUCCAAUUAGUCCCGAUCAUGGUGAACGCUUUAACAGAUCACUGUGGCAGGCUUAUGUAUCUGCAAAUAAAAUAUUUGCAGAUAAAGUCAUGGAAGUAAUCAAUCCGGAGGAGGAUUAUGUCUGGGUUCAUGACUACCACCUAAUGAUUCUCCCCACCUUCUUAAGAAAGCGCUUCAACAGAGUCAAACUUGGGUUCUUCCUUCACAGCCCGUUCCCCUCAUCAGAGAUCUACAGGACACUGCCAGUUAGAGAUGAAAUUCUGAAGUCAAUGCUGAAUUCGGAUCUUAUUGGUUUUCAUACUUUUGAUUAUGCUCGACACUUCCUCUCUUGUUGUAGUAGGAUGUUGGGCCUUGACUAUGAAUCUAAGCGGGGACACAUUGGUCUCGAAUAUUUUGGUCGCACGGUAUACAUAAAAAUCCUGCCGGUGGGUGUUCACAUGGGUCGGCUUCAAUCUGUACUGAAUCUCCCUUCUACGCAUAUGAAAGUUAAAGAGAUCCAAGAACAGUUAAAGGGUAAAAAAAUUAUUGUGGGUGUGGAUGACAUGGACAUAUUCAAAGGCAUUAGCCUAAAGUUACUUGCUAUGGAGCAGCUUUUGCAGCAACACACCGAGUUGCAAGGCCAGUUAGUCUUGGUUCAAAUUGUGAAACCAGCUCGAAGCACCGGAAAAGAUGUACAAGAAGCAAAACGGGAAACUUACACAACUGCCAAAAGGAUCAACGAGACCUAUGGUUCACCAGUCUAUGACCCUGUCAUUUUGAUUGAUCAUCAGAUACCCCUUUAUGAGACGAUUGCUUAUUAUUGUGUGGCAGAAUGCUGCAUAGUAAAUGCGGUGAGAGAUGGGAUGAACCUAGUUCCAUACAAAUAUGUUGUCUGCAGGCAAGGGUCCCCUUUGGUGGAUGAAGCUACAAAUAUCAGUUCGCCAUCCUGUCGUACAAGCAUGCUUGUUGUCUCCGAAUUUAUAGGUUGCUCACCAUCUUUGAGCGGAGCAAUUAGGGUUAACCCUUGGGACGUUGAUGCCGUAGCUGAUGCCUUAAAUGUCGCCAUUACCAUUCCUGAUGCUGAGAAGCAAUUACGGCAUGAGAAGCACUAUCGAUAUGUUAGUACUCAUGAUGUGGCUUACUGGGCUCGCAGCUUCAUGCAGGAUUUGGAGAGAGCAUGCAAGGAUCACUUCAGUAAACGUUGCUGGGGCAUCGGUUUUGGUCUGGGAUUUAGAGUUGUUUCUCUUUCUCCUAAUUUCAGGAAGCUUUCCAUUGACCACAUUGUAUCCAUUUACAAGAGAACCAAUAGAAGAGCAAUAUUCCUGGAUUACGAUGGCACAAUUGUACCACAGACUUCUAUGAGUAAAACUCCCAGUCCUGAAGUUAUCUCUAUUUUGAACAACCUUUGUAGAGAUCCUAAAAACAUUGUUUUCAUCGUUAGUGGAAGAGGAAAGGAUUCUCUGGGCGAGUGGUUCACUCCAUGUGAAAAGUUAGGAGUAGCAGCUGAGCAUGGAUACUUCAUACGGUGGGGUACAAGCUCUGAUUGGGAAACCUGUAAUUUGGUUGCUGAUUUUGAUUGGAAAAGAAUUGCAGAGCCUGUGAUGCAAUUAUAUACAGAGACAACUGAUGGGUCCUUUAUAGAAUUUAAGGAGAGUGCUUUGGUGUGGCACCAUCAAGAUGCAGACCCUGAUUUUGGAUCCUGCCAGGCUAAAGAGUUGCUAGACCAUCUGGAAAAUGUUCUUGCAAAUGAGCCAGUGGUUGUUAAAAGGGGACAGCAUAUUGUUGAAGUUAAACCACAGGGAGUAAGUAAAGGGUUAGUUGCAGAUAAACUUAUUUCCACCAUGGUCAGUAGAGGACAGGCACCGGAUUUUGUGCUGUGCAUAGGAGAUGACAGAUCAGAUGAAGAUAUGUUUGAGACAAUAUCGACCACAGUUAUUAACCCUUCACUACCUGCAGUUCCCGAGAUAUUUGCGUGCACCGUUGGACAAAAACCAAGCAAGGCUAAGUACUACGUAGAUGAUACCAGUGAUGUUGUGAGAAUGCUUAAAGGCCUUGCUGCUGCUUCAAAUAUAAAACCCACUAUCCACAGUCCUCCUGUGCGAGUUUCUUUUGAAAGUGCUUAUUGAGGUGCGCAAAUGUUUCUGUCUCUUUUUGUGAAAGUAGAAAAGGUGUUGUGCAAUUCGGACGCAGAAGAGGUUAACAGGUUCCGGCUAUCCUCUUUGGUUUCUUUUGUAACUCCGUUUCCUGUUUUUCUGUGAUGUGCUAAUUUUCAACAUAGUGUUAGAAGUUCUAUGAUUGAUUUUCUGUAACAUUCAUCACAGAAAGUCAGCUGCUUAUAGAUCUCACGUUCUACAGUUAGGCGUAAAUAGUGUUAAGAAAAGUAGCUUGUCAUAACAAAACCGGGAUGUAAUUAAAAAACUUUCCUAUGAAUGUAAAGAAAAAUUUCAAGUUGGUGCUGUUCUUAUUUAUG